UUGGAAAACAAUCUCCAGUUGCCAUGAGAUAAAAGGGAAGAAGAGGAAAGAUGUGGAAUACAAAUUGAAGAAGCUCUGAUGACAAUCUCCCUUCAUCUCCGGAUUUGUCGAUUCUCCUACUGUUUCUUACGUUUUGAACUUGAGCUCUUCCCCCUUAUUUUCAAUCUAUGAAACCCUCGUGUUUUGGUCUGUUGACUAGAACCUCGACUUUGUUUUCAUCUAUGAUUAAUAUUUGGGUUUGUACGUGGAAAAGCCAAGCCUUUGACGAAGCACAAGCCUAAUCAGAAAGAAUACACUGAGCAUUGUUUUGAAGAUAUGGAUGAGGCUGGGGGAAUCAUAUGGGACAUUACCAAGUGUUUUUGUGUUGGUGCCAAGAAAGAAGGUGAUUAUAUCUGUAAAUUGGAAGAGAAUUUGGAGUUAUUGAAAGAUAAAUGGGAAGAUCUUCGAAGCAUGAAAGAGGAUUUGAAGACAAGAGUUGAAGAAGUUGAGAACACGGGACAAAUGCAAAGAACACACGAAGUCGAUAGAUGGCUGAAAAAAGUCGACGACAUUCAACAGGAAAUAAUAGUUAUUCAAGUUGAAGGAGCCAAAGUAAUGCAAGACAGAUGUCUAAGUAAAUAUUGCCCAAAGAAUUGUAUGUCAAACCAUAGGGUAGGCAAAAAAGCUGCUAAGAUGCUAGUGAAUGUAGAUCAGCUAGCAACAGACGGCAAAAGGUUUAGCGAAAAUUUUAAAAUUGCUCACACAAUACCACCCAAGCCAAUUGAGAUGCCUCAAGAUGAAGUAGUGGGAUUAGAUUUGAUAUUUAAUAAGGUAUGGAAGAGCAUUGAAGAAGAGAAUGUUGGCAUCAUUGGUUUACAUGGGAUGGGCGGGGUGGGAAAGACUACCUUGUUAAAGAAAAUUAACAAUGAACUUGGGAAGAGGAGGCUAGAAUUUAAUUUUGUGAUGUGGGUCGUGGUGUCAAAAGAGUCCAACUUGAAUAGUAUUAUGGAUAAGAUUAGAAAUUUGGUUGGGAUUGAUGAUGGCAUUUGGAGUCACUGUAAUAAUCAAGAUGAAAAAGCAGCAAAGAUAUAUAGUGUCCUCAAACAAAAGAAAUUUGCCUUAUUACUGGAUGACAUGUGGGAUGAAAUGGACUUGAAAUUGAUGGGCGUCCCACAUCCAAGGGAAACUAAUUUUCAAUCCAAAGUGUUAUUCACAACUCGGUUAAAAAAUGUGUGUGCAAAAAUGCAAGCUGAAAGAACAUUCAAGGUAGAAACUUUGACAGAGGAAGAAGCGACAAAGUUAUUUUACAUGAAAGUUGGUGAGGACACUUUGAGGUCAGACCCUAGUAUUCCAAAGCUUGCAGAGAAAAUGGCUAAAGAAUGUAAAAGGCUACCGCUUGCACUUAUUGUGGUAGGAAGUGCCAUGGCUGGAGUGAAGAGUGCGGAGGCUUGGGAACAUUCAAUAAAAAACUUAACAAGUUCUUCACUAACUGCUCCGGAUUUGGAGAAGAAAGUAUUCUCUGUCCUUAAAUUUAGCUACGAUCGAUUGGAUGAGGUGCAAAAGCGUUGUUUCUUGUAUUGUGCAUUGUACCCGGAAGAUUGUGAGAUUCGAGUUCUCAAUCUCAUCGACAAAUGGAUGUUGGAGAAAUUUCUUUGUAAAGAUAUGACAAAGAGUGUACAAGAUAUGUAUGGUCAUGGGGAGUCUAUUAUUGAAAAGUUGAAGCUUUCAUGCUUGUUAGAAAGUGUUGAAGAUGAUCUUUCUAUGUUUCGUACAGUUAAAAUGCAUGAUAUGAUCCGUGACAUGGCACUUUGGAUAGCACAUGAUCAAGAGAAUAUGGAAUUUAUGCAAAGGAUUUCAAUAAUGAAUUAUUGGGAAUCACAAAAAAUCCGGGAUCCUCCAAAUGCCACAACAGUAGUCUUAUUGAAAAUAAAUGACGUCUUAUGUCUGGAAGAUAUUAAAUAUAUGAAAAGAUUGAAAGUCUUGGACAUACAAGUCAGAGGACGAUUAUUUGGUGACAUUAGGGGUUUAGUUUCUUUGGAAUAUCUUUCUGUGGUCACUACACAUAUUCUAGAAGCAGAGUUUUUGAAUAACUUGCGGUACUUGACAAAUUUAAAGUUUCUUAGCUUGGAAGCAUUCAACACAAGAUGUCCUUUUCUAUUGGGAGUGCUAUCAAGUCUUCCACGAUUAAGAGUUCCUUUUUAG